CCCAAAAACGAAUUGAUUGCAAGACAAAAAAAAAGAAAAAAAAAAAAAGCAAAAACGAUCAGUCAGGUCGGGUCGGGUCGUCGUCUUUCUACUCAUCUUGGAUUGCGAUUGCAGCAGAUCUUCGUUGAUUUUGGCUGUUUCUAUGCCGCAAGAGCUUCGAUUGCAACCUCGCUGAAGAGGGUGGGGUGGAAGGGUGAGACAAACCCUAGUAGGAGGCAGCUAUGGACAUCGAUUGCGAGAUCAAAGGGAAACGUAUCGACAAGGAUAACAUUCGUGUCAAGCGGAAGACUUUGCAAGCUUUGCUCGAUGAUUGCCAAAGAGCCCUCGAGCUCUUAAACUUAGCCGAACUCAGUUCUGAAGACGACGACGAAGAAGAUAAAAUCACCGGCGAGAAGGAAUCGAGCAGGGGAGAAGUUUCUUCUUCCGAUCCUGAAGCUGAUGAAUUAUAUGAUCUCAUCAAAUCCAGAGUUGAAUGCCAUGACUUCAUUGACAAGAUUGAGUCAGCUCAGGUUGCUGAAGAUUGUAGUAGCUCAUGGGAUGUAGUUAGUGAAGAUGAUCUUUGGGAUGAUGAAAGCAUGGCUCAAAGUGAAGAAGAUUAUGUCCUUGUUAGGGAAGAGGAUAUAGCAGAGGGUAUUGCUUGUUUCAUGGCUACUUAUUUAUCAUCACUUAAGCAGAAAAAGGAUUUGACUCCUGAGCAGCUUCAGAAAGCACUUAGCAGAAUGUUCUCAGUGAAGAAGAGAAAGGGGAAGCUUCGGAAAGCCUGGGAUGGAAGUAAGGUCGCUUACAAUGUAGCAUCGUGGAGCGCAACUGUUAUAGGGAUCUACCAAAACCCGGUGAUCCUCAGGGUUGCAUCAAAGGCCUUCUGGGCGUCAUGUCAUGUAAUAUCGAAGCUUGUAUGAACAAAGCCUUUCGGACACAUCUGGCCUGUGUGAUGUGAUAAGUUACAGUAUAAGUUUGGCUCCUCCAUGAUCCUUGUAAAUAAAAAUUCCAUCCUGUAUAUAGAAUGCCAUUUGUAAUUCCUUUUGUUAAGUGUACUUUUCUCUGCGUCUC